AUGGCCACCGAAUACAAAGACGAGUCUUUGCACCGCUGUCCCUACUCGCAAAAGGCCAAGGCAUUGUUGGAUUCGCUGCAGGCAGUGGAUACGGUCUACCAGGUCGAUCUGCGAGCAGAUGGGCACAAUCUACAGACGGCACUUGCGAGGCUGACGGGACAUGCUACUUUCCCGACCAUCUUGGCAAGGGAUAAGGUGCUGGGAGCAACAUGGCCUGGGUCGAGCGUGGGAAUGGGCAGUGAUCGCCUGCUGGAAAAGAGUUGCCUGAAGAAAGCGAAUGGCGCCGCUCUUUCUCCUUCUUCUUUUACCACCACCACCACCACGACGGGCCCAGAAAUGAGGACCAAAGCAGAACCGCUGUUCAAGAAGCGAGGGCGAUGCAAGCCGACACGCAUCUCUGCCUCUACCUGCCAUGCUACGCUUGCGGACACGAACGAGGACUGCGACGAGCGGCUAUCCGUGCAAGAGCUAGCUGCCCUCCGCGCUCUCACCCGCAAACCAGCUGGCAUCCAGCUCGACCGGCUCAACAACGGCGAGCGCAAGCCCAACGUCUCUCGACACAAGGCAGCAUCCCAGACGCAGAUGCAGAUGCAGCGCCGCGACUGGAUGGCGGAUGCUUUCCAGCACGAAACAGGCACCGUGGAUGUCGACGGGCAUAUGAUGGCGUAUAUCGAGCAAGAACUGCGGCAACGAACCAACGCCUCGGCACCACAGCCACACGACGACUCCUCCUCCUCCUCCUCCUCCUCCUCCUCCUGCUCAGCCUCGACACAGCAACCGCUGGCGCCACCACCGAAGCAGGAAGAAACCAACGCCUUGCUCUCCACCGCAAUGCUGACACGCAUCCCCGAAGUCGACCUAGGCAUCCAAGCAAAGCUGGACAACAUCGCCGACACCGAACUAGCCAAACGCUCUCAGCCUCUCCAUUCCACCAAGCACUGCGCCACAGACCAGUGCCUACUGGACCGCUUCAAGAAGCGACAACGAAGGCAUGGCUAA